AGUGAGUGAAGUUACUAAAUAAUAAAGUAACCACUCUGUGAUCGCGACAGUGUUCGUGAGCGUCCUUUGAGCAUGUCGGAGUACGGGAAAUUUGGUCCGUUAGUGGGUGCUAUUGACGAGGGCACCUCGAGUGCUAGGUUUAUAAUUUUUAAAGCGAAUUCUUCUGAAGUGGUUACUUACCACCAAAAAGAGCUAGACCAACAUUUUCCUCAGGAGGGAUGGGUGGAGCAAGAUCCAUGUGCUAUCUUGGAGGUGGUUACGACAUGCAUCGAAAAGGCUGUGGAAAAAUUGGUGGCUAUUGGCGGCAGACCACAGGAUAUCGUAGCUAUUGGUGUGACAAAUCAACGAGAAACUACAAUUGUCUGGGACAGAAACACUGGGAAACCUCUCCACAAUGCCAUUGUUUGGUUAGAUAUGCGGACAUCUUCUACAAUAGACAAGCUUUUGGACAUCGUACCAAACAAGACAAGAAAUAAAAAUUAUUUGAAACCUCUUUGCGGUUUGCCACUCUCACCAUACUUCAGUGCUGUGAAGCUGAGAUGGCUCAGUGAUAAUGUUGAUGCAGUAAAGAAAGCUAUGAAAAAAGGCACAUGUUGUUUUGGGACAGUCGACACUUGGCUUAUAUGGAAUUUAACAGGUGGUCUUAACGGCGGCAAACAUAUUACUGACGUUACAAAUGCUUCGAGGACUAUGCUGAUGAAUAUAGAAAACUUAAAUUGGGAUCCAUUAUUGUUAAAGUUCUUUGAAAUUCCUAAAUCUGUUUUGCCGGACAUCAAAUCAAGUUCUGAGGUUUACGGGCACAUAGCUGAUGGAUGCCUCAAAGGUAUUCCUGUAUCGGGAUGUUUGGGUGACCAACAAGCUGCUUUAGUUGGUCAAAUGUGUCUGCAGAAAGGCUUAGCAAAAGCAACAUAUGGCACAGGAUGUUUUGUGCUGUACAACACGGGAGAAAUCAGAGUGAAUUCUACAAGGGGUUUGCUCACUACUGUAGCUUACCAGCUAGGUAGUGAAAAUCCACCACAAUAUGCUUUAGAAGGUUCGGUUGCGAUUGCGGGCGCCGCUUUGGGAUGGUUGAAAGAUAACAUUGGAUUAAUGGAAAGUGCUAAAGAAUCCCAAGAGAUUGCUGAAAAAGCGACUGAAAAUGGCAGUGUGGUUUUCGUUCCUGCAUUCAGUGGAUUAUAUGCACCUUACUGGCGACAAGACGCGAGAGGUGUUAUCUGUGGCAUCACCGAGGACACGAAUUACUCGCACAUUGUGAAAGCAGCUCUGGAGGCUGUUUGUUACCAGGUCAGGGAUAUUCUGGAUGCUAUGAAUGAAGACUGCGGGAUUCCACUUCAACUUCUUAAGGUUGAUGGGGGAAUGACAUCCAAUGCUCUUGUAAUGCAAAUGCAGGCUGAUUUGACUGGAAUCAAUGUGACUAGGGCUGGUUUUACUGAGAGCACUGCUCUGGGUGCUGCUCUCGUUGCGUUUUGGGGUGUAGAUAAUUCAAAACAAGGAAUUGCUAUACCUAUGGCUGCAGGUACGACUUAUAUUCCUAAUAUCAGUGACGACGAAAGGGAUAUGAGGUACCAACAGUGGAAAAUGGCUGUCGAAAGAUCCUUAGGAUGGGAUCAAAAUUGAGGUUGUACGUAUCUGGGGGUACAGAAAAGUGAUAAAUGUAAUAAGAAUAUCUGUCUCUCGUUCGGUAGAUCAGAUAUAGAAAUUAUGUUUGCUUAUAGAUUAGGUAAAAAGCAGUUGGAUAUUUUUUUUACUUAUAAUAUAAUUAAUUAAUAGACAGAUAACAAUAAUUAGAUAAGCAUUGUUUUUUCUUAUUGUGCUUAAAUCGUACUUUAACACGUAAUACAGUACGGAGCGGUUGGGUAAAGUUAAUACAUUAUGUGAUAUUGUUAAAAUUUAAUACUAAGAAUUCUAUAUAAAUACAGUUUAAGCAAAACAAGGCCUCAAGGCCAAAAAGGGGUCAAGGGAUCUACAAGCCUAGAGUGAAUAGACAUUUGCUAGGUAAGCGUGAUUCACCCUAGACCACAUCGUCACUUACCAGCGGGUGAGAUUGUGGUCAAACGCGCGCUAUAUCAUAAAAAAAAUGUUGGCGCUGACGUAGAGAAAAUAAUCUUUUUUUAUCGUAAAAGGUGGUCCAAUAAGUAGAUCGAGUGUUUGUAGGCAGUAAUAUUAUGUGACUGUUGUUCCAUUACUAUAUUAAUGAUAAUGUAAUAGUUUUCUUGACUGAACUCAUUCUUCCUUCCAUCGUGUGAGUUGUGAGGUGGAGUACUAACCUCAUCAACCGUGGUGUCAGUGUUACUAUUGAGCCGCCAAAGGCCCCUGACAUGGCUCAUGUAACGACUACUUACUUACAUCAGUAAAUAGUAACCGGUACCAACGGCUUAACGUGCCUUCCGAAGCACGGAUCAUCUUACUUUCGGACAAUCUCACCAGAUUACCUGGCUGAUCACCAUCAGCCAGUAAUGUCCUAACCAAACUAGGGACCACAAUGUAAUUUUUGUGAUAUGUCCCCACCGGGAAUCGAACCCGGGACCUCCGGAUCGUGAGCCCAGCGCUCAACCACUGGACCACAGAGGUCGUUGUAACGAUUACUCACUUACAUGGGCCAUGUCAGGGGCCUUUGGCGGCUCAUAAUAACCCUGACACCAUGGUUGCUGGGGUUGGUACUCCACCUCACAACCCACACGAUAGAAGAAGGUAUGAGUUACUUUUAGAGCCAUGAGGGGCUUUCCAGGCUAUGUUCCCUAAAAAUAAGAGUUGCUUUCGUUUAACCUUCCAAUUUCUUAGAUGACAGAUAUAAUGCACCUUUUAUAUUUGUUUUUGGUUAUAAAUUAUGACAUUAUUAUUCUGAUCAAAAUAAAGAGAAGCAAUAUAGGUAACAGCAUAAUAUUAUAUAUAUUUGGUCCAAAUAGAAAUAGAAAUGUUUUAUUGCGACCAUGUGUUCGUAGAAAUUGUGGUGUUUUAAAAAUACAGAAGUAAGUAUGAUAGUAUCAACAUGGACCCGGUAAGGGCACUGCAACUAGAGAUCACUCACUAAUAAUUAAGUACUUAAUUAUUAGUAAGUGAUAAAAUUUAAAUUUUUACGUACUUACUAUAUUUUAACAAUAUUAUUGCACUUAUAUUUUAAGUAUUGUAUUUAUGUGUUUAUUAUGAUUUAAUCUCGGGAGGAGCUCGGUGGCGCAGCGGUAAACGCGCUCGGUCUGCGAUUGUAGAAGUUAAGCAACUUUCGCAAAGGCCGGUCAUAGGAUGGGUGACCACAAAAAAAAAGUUUUCAUCUCGAGCUCCUCCGUGCUUCGGAUGGCACGUUAAGCCGUUGGUCCCGGCUGCAUUAGCAGUCGUUAAUAACCAUCAAUCCGCACUGGGCCCGCGUGAUGGUUUAAGGCCCGAUCUCCCUAUCCAUCCAUAGGGAAGGCCCGUGCCCCAGCAGUGGGGACGUUAAUGGGCUGAUGAUGAUGAUGAUUUAAUAUGAUUUAAUUAGUUAAAUGUCAUUAAAAAAUAUUCAUUUUAAUUUAUCAUUUAUAUAUUCAUUAACUGGUUUUAGUGAUAAGUAGUAGCUUUAGUUGUUUUAUAAACUCAGUCAAGAAUUUCCGUCAAGUAUUAUUUUUAUAUUUGCCUCUGCCGUUGCAUUAUAUUGUUGAAUAAUUGUGAAGGUACUCUAGCAAUGAGAAAAUAGGUAAUAUCACGUUAAGUCUGUAUAGCGCCAUCUAUAUGUUUUUUGGGGAACGUAGCCUGGAAAGUCCCUCAUUGAACUCAAUGAAACAAAAAAUAUGUAUUUGUAUAUUGGUGCUAAUUCCUGUAAAUACCAUCUAAUUUUAUUUUAAGUUAUAUCUGUCAUUUUCUUAUCCGCCGAAAAGGAAAGGGACGGGUAAUCGACAAGCAUAAAAUUUAUGGAACACACGUCAAUUUUAAGCACAAAUCUAAACCAACCGUCUAGACAUUUUACAUCAGUCAAUAACCCGACACAGUUAAGUAGACAGCACGUCAAACGGAUUGAAUACCAGCGACGUACCUUUUGAUUCGCCCGGGUUAUUCAUUCAUUUACUCAUUCUUCCUAAAAUUAAGAGCUGUGAAUCAUCCGUCCCUUUCCUUUUCGACGGAUACAAAAAUGACGGAUAUAACCUAAAAUAAAAUUAGGCGGUGUCUGCAGGAAUCGGGGCCACUAUCUAUUAAAUUUGUCUUACUUCGUAUUUUUAUAUGAAUUUUUAUUUUGUUCGUUCUACUGUUAAUUAGAACUUAUAUUUUAUUAGUUCUACUGUUUCCAAUACAAAUCUCCAGCCAUAUAUUUAUUUUAAAUCAUCUCAUUGCCUUUCUGUAUAACGCAGCCUAAUCAAUUAUAAAGUUCAGUCGAUUUUAUUUUUAUUAAUGAAAGUAUAAUAUGUUUUAACAGGGAACUGCGAAUUUGCUAUGUAACCUUUCGUUAUAAGUAAUAUUGGAACUAUCCACUUUGAAAUAAAAUGUAUAAUUAAUUGGCUGUGGUUUGGUAUGUUUUCCAAACUAAAUUAUUUUUGCUAUUGCUUGUACAAUAUGUAUGCGUAUAAUUAAUUGACUUAUUUUUUUAAUCUAAUUAUUCUGGGUAGUGAUAAUUUACCCUUGGGCCUCCUUCAGCAUUUUAACUUAUCCAUAUUAAACUACGGAAACACCAAGUUGAUCGAUGUGUACGUUAUAACGUUUAGAUACCUAUUGUUAUUAAAGAAACUAGUAGCCAUUUUGUAAAAUACCUAAGUAAUAUCAAGUUAUGUGGACAAACCAAUUCUAUGAAAAUAAAUAAUGGGUGAUGAAAAGAUGUACCUAGCUACUGGCUACUGUAAAUAGAAUAAGAAAUGUUUAACUUAAGCGACACAAUUGUUAUUUGUGCACGUACACCAGUGGUUGACUAGUUUAUAGAUUAUAAAAGUAAUAUUAUCGUUACUAAUGUAGGUACUCUUUAUAAAUAUUAGUGACAGUAACUUAUCGUCUGACUAUUUGGGGCACUACUACCUUAUAGGCGUCAUGGGUGUAGGUAGGUAUGUAUUUAUGUACUUUUUUUAUAAUGAAUAUAUUGAAAUUUAUUUGCUUAACAUUUGUUAAAGCAGUUAUUACUUUAAAUAAAUAGGUAGUUCUCUUAAUGUUCUCGUAAUUUUCAUUUGAACUAAAAAUCAUUAAUAAUAGGUACCCAAAGAAAAACGAAUAACAUUCAUAAAUGUAUGGCCUACAACAGCAUUGUUGUAAUUUUAUCGAAAUGUACGUGUUAUAAAUCUGUAAAUACAAGAAAUGUUACAUAACUACUUAUAACAUAACAUUUUGUUAGAUCAACGUGAUUGGUGGUGAGCCGUAUCGUCGUCUAUAGUGGUCGAUAUUCAACUGUGUUCAUAAGAAUUCGUUUAGUUCAAAAAUACACAUUUAAUACCUAACUAAACGUAUAGGUAAUGUUAAAUGCGCUACUUUGUUAUACUUUAAGACAACGAUUUGUUUACAUAAUGUAUUACUAGUAGAUGUAAGAAAUUUAUAUAUUUUACGUAUACAAUGUUUUAUUUAUUUAAGAUAUAAUCAAGCGUAAAAUGUACAAAUAAAUAUAUUUAAUUUUAAA